AUGAUUUUAGAGCCCACUCGUCCCAUUCCUAAAGAGUCCACUCAGCCGUACCAUACUCUGCCAGGUGAUACAGACAAAUUUGAUGAAGAAGAGCAAUUCUCAAGAUCCUGCGUAGAGCGUCCUACCAAUUUUUCCCACCUCCCUGGAUGGCCGGCAGUACGGACGUCCUACGCAGCCGGUGUGGCUGGUGGGGCCAGGGUUGUCCCGGUUCUGAGGCCGCCGAAGGGUGCGAGUGGAUCUUCGGGAGGCCAAACAAAGAUAAUGGCAGCAGUGGUCGGCAUGAACGGCCAACUGACCGUGCGACAGUGGCAAGUGAUGUCCGACUACUACGAGCACGAUUUCUUUAUCCGAGCCCGCAGUUGGGGUCUCUGUGUGGCAGUCAUUGGGACAGGAGUUACUACAUUUUGCCUGUCGAGCCAGACCUGGGUGGUGAUUGGAGAUUGUAAGAACGUGUUCAGCUGUCUAGUAUUUCAUACAUUAUUGAGAGCGCUGAAUAGCUCCACAUGUUAA